CUUGAGAUACCGAGAUUGGUGCUCCGACUCUCACUCUCACUCACUCCCACCCUAGCUCCUUAGAGUCCUGUUUGUUUUUUUGUUCGUUACUGUUGUUUUUGUUGCCGUUGACUGUGUUGAGAUCGGUUUUUUCCCCGAAUUAUUUCUCCAGUUUAUUAGAAAAUGUUUUGUUAUUUGAUUGUUUGGGAAACAGUUGUUUGUUGGUUUUAGACGAAAAAAAAAGGAAAAUUUUUGGUGAUUCCAUUGAACGCCAGAAACUGUGAUUUAAGACAUAAAAAGUGUGUGACAAUAACUCGCGAUGGCCUACACCGGACUGGUACUGGCAGUGCUGACGAUCAUCCUGUCGAUAGUGUGCUACUUCAAGAUCCUCUACGAGUGGCACCGGAAGGUGCGGCUGCAAACGGUGCGUUCGACGACGCGUUUCACGGCGAAAAAUUCGAACGACGGUCCGUCGAGCGGCAAAGAAUCCGAACUGGUUACCUUCCGGCAAGCUCCGGGUCCGAUGCCGUGGCCAAUACUGGGUAGUCUUGGCAUUCUUGGAAAAUACGAAGUUCCCUUCGAGGGCUUCACGGCACUCGCUCGAAAAUACGGUGAUGUGUAUAGUAUGACGCUCGGUUCGAACCGGUGCCUGGUGGUGAACAGCCUGGAACUGAUCCGGGAGGUGCUGAAUCAGAACGGGCGAUACUUUGGCGGACGGCCAGAUUUUCUGCGCUUUCACAAGCUGUUCGGUGGCGAUCGGAACAAUUGUAAGUAG